UCAAGUAGAAAAUUAAAAUACAAACAAGAUGUCAAAGUAUUGCCUAUCAACAGGCGUUCUCCUGCAAAAAGAUCCACAACACAUUUUGAGAGAGGGCAUUUGAAAUAUAUUGACAACGUCGUCUGCUGCACAAGCAAAAUAUAUACAAAAUCAAAAAUGGCGGUAUUCAGCGAAGCAAUGUCAUUUUCUCGGUGCAUUUUUCCAUUUUUAUCACGAAAUUAUAAAUUUACAACACCACAGUCCUGCACUAAUGUUAGAAACAUACAUUCAACAUUAAAUGACAGUAGUGAAAAUUACGAUAUAAUUGUUACCGGAGGUGGUCUCGUGGGAACAACACUCGCCUGUGCUUUAGCUAAUAAUAAAUGUCUGAAGUCUAAAAGCAUCUUAUUACUGGAAGGUGGAAACAAACAUGAAUAUACACCGAGUGAACAGUAUUCAAAUAGAGUUGUUGCAUUAAAUCAAUUAUCUAGAACAUUAUUAUCAAGUAUUGGAGCAUGGAAGCACGUGAAGGAAGUUCGAUAUGCUCCUGUGAGAAAAAUGCAGGUUUGGGACAGUUGUUCCGAUGCAAUGAUAACAUUCAACGAAGAUUAUCUUUCGGAAGAAAUAGCCUACGUCGUGGAGAAUGAUUUACUUUUAUACGCAGUGAAUAAACAAUUAGCUGAAAAAGAAUCCGUGCGAGUCAUUUACAACUCAAAAGUCGAGAACAUCUCAUUGCCCGAGACAUCUGGUGAUAGUUCUGUUGUUAUUCUGCAAAACGGGGGAAAUUUUUGCACUAAAUUACUGAUCGGCGCCGAUGGAAUAAAUUCACGAGUUCGACAAGCGAUGGGAGUUCAACACGUUAAAUGGAGUUACAAUCAAAUGGGAAUUGUCGGUACGGUGGAAUUAUCGGAGCCCACUGAAAAUAUUGUUGCGUGGCAACGAUUUCUUCCCACUGGACCAAUCGCUUUAUUGCCAUUAACAAAAACGUUGAGCUCAUUAGUGUGGUCAACAUCAACGGAGGAGGCGAAGAAACUCUUGAAAUUAUCUGACGAGGCGUUUGUUGAUAAUUUGAAUGAAGCACUCUGGAAAGUUUAUCCAAAAGAUGGAACGGUUGAAAGUGGAAUGAAAGCUUUACAGCAAAUUCUUAAAAAUCUUCAAUUAGAAACUGGAGUAUCUAGACAAUUACAACCUUCAAUUUCUGGAAUCAUCGAGGAAUCAAGAGCGGCGUUUCCAUUAGGUUUUGCACAUUCUGUUUAUUAUGUGAAACCGGGAGUUGCCUUAGUGGGAGAUGCUGCGCACAGAGUGCAUCCUUUAGGUGGUCAAGGAUUAAAUUUAGGUUUAGGAGAUGUUAUGGUAUUAGUUCAAAUGUUGGCUGACGCUACGAAAAAUGGAGCCCUUCCGGGUGACAUGACCUAUUUGAAAAAAUACGAAACCGCUCGUCAGAGGCAUAAUGUUCCAACCAUGUUGGCAAUGGACGCACUUCAUAGAUUAUAUAAAGGAACCGCUGCUCCAAUUGUCCUUGCUCGAAGUUUAGGACUUCAACUCACAAAUGCAAUUCCUCCUUUAAAGAGAGCAAUUUUUCGUCACGCAUCAGACGAUGAUAAUUUGUGUUAAUAAAAUUGAAACAAAAAAAAAUUCCACAACACAUUUUUGGCAUUAAAAAUGUCAAUUAUUUCACGGUGCAAGAAGAUAUUAAUAUCAAUUUAAUAUUUCUAAUGAGAAAAUAUCCUAUUGAUAUUUAUUAAAAGAUUUAUUUGUAAACAUCCAAAAAGAGUAUGUGAUCUAAGUUAAUUCAUUGUAUAUAAAAAUUUAUUUAUUCGAACUUCGGUAUUUUCACUUUCUGAAAAUGUAUUUCGAUUUUCCAAUAAAUCAUUAGUAUUAAAAAUUUUA